CCCAUCCUCGUCACCAUGCCAAACAUUUCCCCCGCGCACGUCGCUCCUAUAAAUACGACGCGGUUCCGCCUCCCCUGCCAAGUCAAAGCAACCAGCAGCGAGCCAGCCAGGCAACCGAUUGAGUUGAAUACGACGCGCUUCCGCUCCGGUCACCUACCACCAAUCCUCCCUCUCGCCAGCUCCGAUCCCCAUUGCAGCAUUCCUGCCUCCGACCCACCCAUGGCGGCCGCCAAGUCCGUCAAGCGGCUGGCGCAGCGGCUGGUCACCCCCGCCGAGCCCACGCCGGCCGGCCCGCUCCGCCUCUCCUGGCUCGACCGCUACCCCACCCAGAUGGCGCUCAUCGAGUCGCUGCACGUCUUCAAGCCGGCUCCUGGCCGGGACGGCGGCGAUGCCGGCCCGGCGAGCACCAUCGAGCGGGCCCUGGCGCAGGCCCUCGUCCAGUAUUACCCACUCGCCGGCCGCCUCGGGUUCACAGAGGAAGGUGGGCUGCUGCAGGUCGACUGCGGCGGCGACGGCAGCGGCGUCUGGUUCACCGAGGCCGCCGCCGGCUGCGCGCUCGAGGACGUCGAGUACCUGGAGCACCCCAUGAUGAUCGCCAAGGACGAGUUGCUCCCGCCCACGCCGGCACAGGAGCAGGACGCGCGGAAGCUCGUCCUGCUCGUCCAGGUCACCACCUUCGCCUGCGGCGGCUUCGUCGUCGGCUUCCGCUUCAGCCACGCCGUCGCCGACGGCCCCGGCGCCGCGCAGUUCAUGGCCGCCGUUGGCGACAUCGCCCGCGGCCGCGCCGUGGAAGGGUUGACGGUGGAGCCGCAGUGGGGCCGCGAGGCCAUCCCCGACCCGGCCGGCGCCGUCAUCGGCAGCCUGCCCAGCCCCGCGGGCGCCAAGCGCCUCGAGUACCUCGCCAUGGACAUCUCCGCGGACUACAUCAACCACUUCAAGUCCCAGUACAACUCGUCGCACACCGGCUCCUGGUGCUCGGCGUUCGAGGUGCUGGUGGCCAAGGCGUGGCAGAGCCGCACCCGCGCGGCGGGGUUCGAGCCGGACUCCACCGUCCACCUCUGCUUCGCCAUGAACGCCCGGCCCCUCCUGCACGCCUCGCUCCCGCGCGCCGGGGCCGGGUUCUACGGCAACUGCUACUACAUCAUGCGCGUGUCGACACCCGCGGGCAAGGUGUCCGGCUCCACGAUCCCCGAAGUGGUGAAGAUCAUCAAGGACGGGAAGAGGCGGAUGCCGUCGGAGUUCGGGCGGUGGGCGACCGGGGAGGCCGGCGCCGACGGCGGCGCGGACCCGUACCAGAUCACGUCGGACUACCGGACGCUGCUGGUGUCAGACUGGACGCGGCUCGGGUUCGCCGAGGUGGACUACGGCUGGGGACCUCCGGCGCACGUCGUGCCCCUGACGAACCUGGACUACAUCGCGACGUGCAUCUUGGUGAAACCGUGGGCGCACAAGCCAGGGGCGCGGCUCAUCACUCAGUGCGUGACGCCCGACCGCAUCGCCGCCUUCCACGAAGGGAUGCUCGACAUGAACUGACCGGAGCCGAGCACGACGACGGAGCCAAAGAAGAAGUCCAAGACGAAGGCGAGAGGAAUUGACAUGUUUAUGUGAUGAUUAAAUUAGUAGGUAAUAUUGGGUUGGUUGUUUGGAUGGAUUGAUGUAGGUUGGUGGUGUGUAGUUUAACCGGAAAUAAGCUCCCCGAUUCGGGGGGUUGGGUCGUGAUUGGAUUUGGUGGGAAAAGCCACCAACUAACUAAUCCUUGUAAGAAUCAUUUGUGACAUGAUACUAUACUAGAGAAAUUUUGUUUUGUUUC